UUGUAAUGUAAUUUUUUGGCCACGUCCCUGGGCCACGUCGCUGUGGGCACGCCAUAUUUCAACUAGCUAUCUGACUUGCUGACUCCAAAAGAGUCUAGAAAACGUAGCCAGCCGGUUCAGAUUAUUAGUCAAACCGGAAAGGUUUUUGCACAACAAAAAGCUGUUGUAGCUACCGACGUCCUUGAGCCCAGCUUCGCCCAUCUGAAGACACACCAGGUUCUGCAUCCAGUACAGCCAUGAACAUUUUCAGACUCACCGGGGAUCUCUCCCAUUUAGCAGCCAUCAUUAUCCUGCUGCUCAAAAUAUGGAAAACCAGGUCUUGUGCCGGUAUCUCUGGGAAGAGCCAGAUUCUUUUUGCUGCCGUCUUCACCACGCGGUACCUGGACCUGUUCACUUCCUUUAUCUCCCUUUAUAACACCAGCAUGAAGGUGAUCUACAUCGGCUGCGCGUACGCCACCGUCUACCUGAUCUAUGUCAAGUUCAAGGCCACGUAUGAUGGCAACCAUGACACCUUCAGGGUGGAGUUCCUGGUGGUCCCAGUUGGGGGGCUUGCCUUCCUGGUCAACCAUGACUUCUCUCCGCUGGAGAUACUCUGGACGUUCUCCAUCUAUCUGGAGUCAGUAUCCAUCUUGCCGCAGCUCUUCAUGAUCAGCAAGACGGGCGAGGCGGAGACCAUCACCACACACUAUCUAUUCUUCCUGGGGCUGUACCGCGCCCUCUACCUCAUCAACUGGAUCUGGCGCUUCUACUUCGAGGGCUUCUUCGACAUGAUCGCCAUUGUGGCCGGUGUGGUGCAGACCAUCCUCUACUGCGACUUCUUCUACCUGUAUGUCACGAAAGUGCUGAAAGGAAAGAAGCUCAGCCUGCCCGCCUAAGUGCCAAAGACCUGCAGCACCGCCUCUGCGGUCUCCCAGGGCAACGCAAGUCACCGUUGCCACGGACCUAGCGCAAGAUGCCUGAGACGGAGUGGGAAAAGGGAACAUUAGUGGGUUUUGCUGUUUCAGUAACUCCUGAUCAUUGUCAGUGAAAAAAAUCUACGUCUCCGGAAAUGAAACGGGGUCUCUCUGGGUCUCUGUCAUCCGCAGGUCUCUGUGUCACGCAUCUUGCCUUACCGUAACUUUUGUAUCGCUGUUUAAAGGUUAAAAAAGGUUUUCUACAUGUGAGGUGUAAUCUCUACGAUUAAACAUGCAUUUCGAUCAAUUUGCUGAUGAUGAUGCAAAAUCAAUUGCCACACCUAAAAGAAAAGGAACACUAAAAAUGUUUGAGAAUGUUUGCAGACCCAAUUUUUUGAGGCCUGUUUUCAGGACAUGACUGUACAAGAUUUACUAGCCUUUCAGCUGAAAAGUAAGAAAAAAAACCCCUCAGAAUUUAUCAUUAAAAUGCCAGAAGUUAGCGUUAAUGAGUUGGCUUUUUGUAUUGGAUUGUCAACUAAUCAAUGUCCUAGUUCACAUUCCUGUCAGUGAGUUAUGCCAAUUGCAGAGAAGUUAAUUAGACCCACAGUGCUUCCUCUGUUUUUUUCCCUUCUGAAAGAGAUUGCUGACCUGUCUUUAAUUUUUUUUUUUCUCGAGUUUGGUCCAGAAGUCAAUGAUUUCAAAUUAGUGCUGAGAUUUUUCCCUUUAAGUUCUUGAGGUCAAAUGUUGCCCCCAAAGAGAUUUUUGAAUUGAAAUGCAGGGUUUUGCAAUAAUGCCUUAUCUUGAUUAGGUGAGUUCCAGUGCUGUACAUAGCUUUUUCUUUCUUCAUGAAACCUACCUAAACAGGCAAGCCCCUAUUCAAGACCAAUCUUCAGACUUGACCUAUGUCUCAUUUAAAUUGUUUUGGAGCCCCAUGCAUUAUUGAGAGUAUGGGAUCGGCACCUGUGUGACAUAAUCUAGUGUACCAAUAGAAGACUGGAUUUUUUUCACAAACUGAUUGUGUCCAGACUUGGGCCAAACUCUACAUGUGGCCAGUUGGAUUGCUGGGUUGUGGGAAUCAGUUUGAUACGAACCAAUCAGGGUCUGUGAAAUGUAUCCACACUGGGAUGAACAAACAGACAAGCUACCAUGGUGGGACUCGAUUCCUGGUAUCAGCUCUCUUGAAUUCCCGAUGCAGUAAUUUGUCCCUAAAUAAAAAAGAAGAACAUAUUAAAACACCCACAGAAUUGUAUAUGAUGUGCAUAUUUUGAACUCACACAAGGAAAAUUUAUCUUCAAUUUUGGAGGAUUGUGUGACAUUAAUGGUUUUGUACUGGUAGAAUAUUAGUUCAGUAUACGGUUAUUUUGUUCACUUUUCUGAGACUCAGCCUCAGCUUCUGGUGUAUUUUCAUUUAAGUCAUUCCUGUAGGUUUUUAUGUUUUGCAUGUUACCCUGUGAUAUCAC